UCCAUGUUGUUUCUUUCCUACACUGCAUGUGAGCUACAGAAGCGAGUUGCUCCUGGCAGCCGUGCUGCGAUUGUUAGUGUGUGUGCAUUAACACAGAGAAGAUGGCUGAUUUUGGGGAUGAUACCGGAGCCCGGGCCCUGAUGGCUCUCAAAUCUGCGCCGUGCAGCCCGAUUCGCGUAGCGGCCGCGCCCGUAUACCCACUCCUCUCAAAUGCGGCCGGCAUGCCCCUCUCGCCUCCUCUGCGGGCCCUGGCGCGGCUGGAAGGCCGGGAUUUCGAGUUUGUUAUGCGGCAGAGGACGGUGACGGUGGGUCGAAACUCCUCACACGGCUCUGUGGACGUGAACAUGGGCCAUUCGAGCUUCAUCUCACGGCGGCACUUACAGAUUGCGUUUGACGAGCCGCAUUUUUACCUGCGCUGUCUUGGGAAGAACGGCGUGUUUGUGGACGGAGGGUUUCAAAGGAGAGGGGCUCCUCCACUUCAGCUACCCCGAGAGUGUACAUUUCGAUUCCCCAGCACUAUCAUUAAGAUCCAGUUCACCACGCUGUAUCACAGAGUGGAAGUGAAAGAGGAGGCGCCCUUGUCCCCUAUGCGACCCCUGUUCCCCCAGAUCUCUCCUCUAAAAAUCAACAUUCCCGAUCCAGACUUCAGGAGCAUGAUCAGUCCUUUGCCUUCCCCAACGGGCACCAUCAGUGUUCCCAAUUCCUGCCCGGUCAGUCCGCGGGGCGCUGGAUCUUCAGGAUAUCGGUUUGGACGCAAUAUUACCUCAGACUUGCAGCUGGCUGCGGAGUUCGCUGCAAAGGCUGUGUCAGAACAGCAGGCUGAGACGUCAGGAGGUGACAGCCCUAAGGACGAUUCAAAGCCUCCUUACUCCUACGCGCAGCUCAUCGUUCAAGCGAUCUCUUCAGCUCAGGACAGACAGUUAACACUAAGUGGGAUCUACGCCCACAUCACCAAACAUUACCCCUAUUACAGGACUGCAGAUAAAGGCUGGCAGAACUCCAUCCGGCACAACCUGUCUCUGAACCGUUACUUCAUCAAAGUGCCGCGGUCCCAGGAGGAGCCGGGAAAGGGCUCCUUCUGGAGGAUCGACCCUUCCUCUGAGGCCAAGCUGGUGGAGCAAGCCUUCCGCAAGCGCCGGCAGAGAGGCGUGUCCUGCUUCCGCACCCCCUUCGGCCCCCUCUCCUCCAGGAGCGCACCUGCCUCGCCGACCCACCCCGGCCUCCUCUCACCUCACUCUAGCGGCCUGCAGACUCCUGAGUGCCUGUCUCGAGAGGGCUCUCCUGUCCCCCACGACCACGACUUUGGGUCCAAGCUGGCCUCUGUCCCCGAGUACCGGUACACCCAGAGCGCUCCAGGCUCUCCGGUGAGUGCCCAGCCGGUCAUAAUGGCAGUUCCACCCCAGCAGUCCACUGUAGUAGGCAAGCCUUUGACCUACAUGCCUGCCUCCUUGAUAACCUCCCAGCGGCCAUCAGGCCAUGCCAUUCAUGUCGUCCAGCAAGCACCGACCGUGACCAUGGUCCGAGUGGUGACCAAUUCAGCCAGCUCCUCCAAUGGAUACAUCCUAGCCAAUGCAAACUCUGCUGGCUCCAUGCUGGGAGGCGGAGAGAAUGUAGGGGAGGCGAAAGGCCUGUCCGAUGAGAAACCUGUGGUAACGUACACAACGAUUCCAACUGCCAGCCGGGUGAUCCAGGCAGUCAGCAGCCACAUGAGCCAGGGCUCGGGUGGACAAACGUUCACCUUCGUCCAGCAGGCAGCGCCCAUUGCCCUGGGCCAGCACCAGCUCCCUGUGCGGGCGAUCACACAGAACGGGAAGCACGCAUUCCCCAUGACCAGCGUUGCUGGAAAUGCAUACACCAUCACAAAUCCACUUCAGAUCUUAGCUGCCCAGGCCAGCACCUCCUCCCCUGUCAUGGUGAGCAAGCCCCCCAGUGCAGAGUCUGAGCAGCCUGCUUCUUCCUUAGGCGAGCCUGAGGCUAAGAGGCCCAGGAACGAGGAUGGCAGUGGGGCACGUGUUCCUCAGCCAGUUAUCAUGGCAGUGGCACCGCAGCCGCAGGAUGACCACGAAUAAGGAAGCACACACCUGAAUAAUGAGUCGAGAAGAUCUUUGUUUGUUCCACAGUAUCAGAAACCCAGAGUGCCAAACAAAUGGAGGAAAAAUAAAUAAAUAAAUGUCUCUUAUCAUGAACUUAUAAACAUUGGAGGAAAAAAGAAAAACAGCAAUUCAAAUACAGACAGUUGAUUGUAUUCUUAUCUGGGGUAGGGGAGUUACUAUGUGUAAUGUAACCAGGUCUGAGCUUAAAACAAUGCAUAUAUCCUACAAGCCUUAAAAUAGGGACAGGGGUUCCACAGUUUUGAUUCCAACUCCAACUUUAAGUACGCAGUCCACUGAGGUGGGUGGAUCUUAUUCCUGUAAGUUCUCAAAGUAAGAGCAUUAAUGAAGCAAUUAAAAGAAGCCCUUGAUAUAAUGAAAUGUAAUGUAUGUUGGGUCAGGGUGGGACCAAAAAAUAUGCAGCUAUCUUAUCAAAAGUCAAGUUGGUUUUCAUGAAUACAAGCAUUAUCUUUUUAUAUGUGGCGGGGGGGGGGGGGGGGGGUCUUUACAUAGGUAUUGUGAACAGUGAUCUAUUUAUCUUUUUUAGAUUAUUUAAUUUGAGCACCUUGGCCACCAUUUUUGAAUAGAUUUUCUGGAUUUAAAAGAAGGAAUAAUACAAAUUGUUCAAAAUAAUACAAACAAAAAAACAAGGACGGAGCUAAAUCCUUUCGUUGGGCCUGAGAAAAAAUGAACAGGUCAGAAUCGCAGCACAGAGUAUUACACAAAUAUCAAUCAUAAUCACAAACUUUUAAAAAAUAUUAUGUGUCACAUUUUGAGAUUCGUUUAGUAUUUUAUAGUCAAAAUAUAAUAUACAUGUUGAAUGUAAAAAUUAGCUUUUUAUUUAUAAAGUUGACGCCCUAUUUUUGGUGCAGGUACUUGCACAGUUACUGAAAGCAUUGUGUCCAGACAAACUACUUCAUAUUGUUUUUUUUUGUUUGUUUUUUUUACAGUAAAAUAACAGCUUAGAAAUGUGGGAGUUUGUAUUGUAUGAAAUAGGUCCAGGAGCACACGGCCUACACCUCGUCAGUGAAGAACAGAGGAUAGGAAUCUGUAUACUUGUCAAUAUUCUUAAGCAAUGCAUACUAUUAAGGCAAGGAAUCAAAGGAUAUAAACCAGAGUGCAGGGGAGUCCUGGAGUGUUCCUAAAAGGGUUAUAUUAGUUAGCACUAAUUUUGUAAUAGUUUGUAAUGGGUAGGUUUCUAUAUUAUGUUGCUGUUGUUGGUUCCUUCAGUGUCGUAGUGAGAGAGAGAAGGUUAAUUGUGCCAGAUUUAGAUGACAAAAUCCAUCUCAUUAAAAGUGUUUUAUACAAAGGUUUUUAACUUGUGCUGGGGGGGAUGGGAGGGUAAGCAAUAGUCCUUUGUAAAUAAUACUAAAGGAAGUGAGGUCAGGAUCUGCAGUCAUGUCAAGUAAUGCAUAUAUAUAUAUAUAUAUAUAUAUAUAUAUAUAUAUAUAUAUAUAUAUAUAUAUAUAUAUAGGGGUUAUAAUACAUGAUCUAAUGUAAGCAAAUGUGAAGAAUGUUAAAUCCGUGGUAACUAAUAGUGCUAGCAUUGCUUUUAGACAGGAGUAAAGUGUGUGUGUGUCUAUAUAUAUAUAUAUAUAUAUAUAUAUAUAUAUAUAUAUAUAUAUAUAUAUAUAUAUAUAUAUAUAUAUAUAUAUACACACAAAUUUUUGUUUUUUAAGUUAAAAUUCUCCACACGUGCAGUUUGAAGAAACAAAACAUUUCUCUUUAAUUUCCACUUUCCCAUACAGACAAGUGCCUUAAAUCUUAAAUACUCCUCUCUACCCGAGCACAUUCUCCUACAACGCCAGAAGUCGUCAGUGAAUAGACAGUAUUGUAAGGUCAAGUGGGUUUUAUUGCAGACCCCCCCCCCCAUUUGAAUGAAGUACCAAUAGACAGUGCAGACAGCAGCAGCUUGCUAUGCAGCACCAUGCUCGCUGGAGAUAGAAAAUAAACAACUUCAGAAGUUGCAUUAAAGCUAUCAAUUAUGUUUCGGCUUGUUAAUGUACCCGUCCAGAUUAAAAUCUGCAAUGUUUUCUUAUUUUUUUUAUUAUUGAACCCUACAUUGGCAAAGUUUUUUUAAAUUUUAUUUUAAAGAUUUUAUAUAUAUAUAUAUAUAUAUAUAUAUAUAUAUAUAUAUAUAUAUAUAUAUUCAUCAAGAAAGUUUUUGCUCAACUAAAUUCCUUGUGUUUUAUUUUUGAAGCAGAAUUUCCCUUUUUAGUAGUGCAUUUAUAGAGCAUUUCCCAGUGACCUUUCUAUUCAGCCCCCCAAAAAAUAAAAUAAGCUUAUAGUCAAUUACUUUGUGUCAGGCAUCCUUAGUGCACCCAUAGUAACAAAACAGGUUGUGUGACAGAGUUAUUGAGACAAAGCAAAAAGAACAAACAUCCCUGUGAAAACCCUAAAGUUGGAGGUUAAGCUGUAUGUUGUGCAGAGGGCUUCAGAUACAAUAAUUACCUUUUUCUGGAGUGCAGUAGAGCUGCUCUUGUAGUCUGCCUGUUCAGUUGUGCUCUCGCUCUCUCUCUCUCUCUCGCUCUGUAAAUAGUUACAAAACAAAUGUUGCUGAUGACUGUUUAGAGACGGCUUGUGGUCAUACAGCAUCUCUUUAUGUGGUUGGUAGUGUGCUCUGUUCAGAACCACAGUGUCUGUUUCCACCCACGUUUCCCCUUGCUGGCUCAUUUACUUAAAGGAGAAUGGGAUGAAUUUUUUUCACUUGCACCUUUGUUGAAGUUAAACGUCCCAUUUAAGAGUAAAAAAAUAAAU